GCGUUUGUGCGCCGCGGCUCGCGCUCUGAGGAGGCGGUGCUGUGCUGUGGUGCGGACCUCGGGGCGGCGUUGUCCGCGCGGCCAGGCACCUGAAAGGGUGAAGGCGAGAGAGGCAGAUGACGACGCUGAACACAGGCUCUGCAAGAUGCCCAGGAGGCUGAGGCAGGAGCAUGGCAAGUUUUCGGCCAAUCUGGACAACUUAACAGGACCCUGUCCAAAAAAACAAAACAAGCCAGAAUCUCCAUAAUGAAUGGAUCCAAUGUAGCAGGUACAUCACCCAGUGUGAAAUGCAAAGAGGACCAAGAGUUAAAUGGACAUGAGGAAAAGGAAAACCCAUUUGCAGAAUAUAUGUGGAUGGAGAAUGAAGAGGAUUUCAAUAGACAGGUGGAAGAAGAGCUGCAGGAGCAAGACUUCUUGGACCGCUGCUUCCAGGAGAUGCUGGAUGAAGAGGACCAGGACUGGUUCAUUCCAGCACGAGACUUGCCUCAGGCUGUAGGACACUUACAGCAGCAGUUAAAUGGACUAUCAGUCAGCGACAGUCAUGAAUCUGAAGACAUUUUGAGCAAAAGUAACCUGAAUCCAGAUGCCAAGGAGUUUAUUCCAGGAGUGAAGUACUGAGCUGUUGGAAACUUCCAGAAGGACUUGUUUUGUCGCUGUACCUGGGGCCAGCAAUGCACAAACAGGCAGAGCUGAAGGGGGGUGGCAAGGGUGUGCAGCCAGGGCGGGUUGGGUUGGGAAGGUGGUUUAACUGGAUACUGUGACUGAGUAACUAAUGUGCGAGGUACUACUCUCCAAGCCCUCUGAGCAUGGCUCUUCUGUUCUGCUGACUUGUUCAGAGCAGUUUCCCAUUUUAUUUUAUUUUUUGAAGAGCUCUUUGGAGUUAAGGAACUACAGUUGUUUUUUCCCUUGUUAGAAAUGUUCUGUCUGUAUUCAAGCAAAAUAAGCUGACCAAGGAAAGCAGUAUUUAAGAAAUAUUUUCCCUGCUGUGUAUCUACCAGGAGCAGGGCAUCUGGAGAGCUUAAGGAAUUUAUAGCUGAGUGGUAAGAGGGAAAAAUAGAACAGAAGAAAUAAACCAGUUGCAACACUCAGCUUCCCCACUCCUGACAUUUCCAUGGUGAAGUGGUGAGCUAAGUGGCAAAUAGAGCUCUUGUCUCCUGGCCUGAGCUCUGCUCUACUAAAGAAAACACAGAUUGGAAAGUUCUUAGGUGAAUGUAACUGGAUGGUUGCAGGUUGUACAUCAGAAGAGCAGGGCUUGAUGGUGGCUGUCAUUUAGUUGCUGCUGGCCUGGUGUUGAGCAUAGGUGUGUAGCUGCUGUCGCUCAUUGUUUACAGUAAAAGUCACAUAGAGUUGCUUUGCCUUCAUGAUUCUCAUGCAGGCUACUCCUGGCCUCUUUCCUCACAGCACUAAAAGACACGGUUAGCCAAAGUCUGAGACGGACCUUUUGUUGGGCUAGUUGCAUCUUGAAUCUUCUUGGACAGUUUUGGUUUUGUUUUCCUUAGUCCCAUCAAUAUCUGGCUCUUACAGUGUCUUAAUUCCCUCAAAGAUUUCUGUUUUUUUUUUUUUUUUCAAGGAAAUACAUUUUCUAAACACUAGCAAGCUGCUCAGCUUAGUUUGGGUGCUUCUCCUGCCUUACAGAGUGAUUCCCAGAAACUAAGCUACUCAGGAGUCCUGCCCGAGAACACAACGGAGCUCCUUGGAGCUGUUAAUGGGUAUUAAUGCUCCCACAAACUAACUUUUUUCAUUUCCUCAUGGGCCUAGCUAGGUGCACUCACUAGGGUUUGGUUGAUCUUCUGUCGAACUGAAUUCCACUGGGAGCUGCUGCUGUGAGUAGAGGCGAAGGUGGUAGUGUUGAGGGGGAAAGGACAAGUGUCCUCUCCUGUUCAUACUCCCAGGAUAAGGGAUUUGGAGAGGCCUGAGAGUGCUGUGGCUUGUGUGUGACUGUCACUGUGCUGUGCAUUAGCUCUGGAAGGAUCAUGUAGCUUCCAGUCUGUCAACUCAGCAUGUGGAUGUGGGCAGAGAUUGGGAGGAAAGGACUGGAGUCUGAAAAGUUGAAACAUUUCCCUUUUUCAUGAGCUGGUUUUCCAGCUUUCCAUUUUGUCUUGGUACCAGGAAUAGAACCCAGGGUCUCAUUUGUGCUAGGUUAGUCCUACCCUUGAGCUGUUCUCACCCCUCCCUUGUUGACUUGUAGACAGCCCCAGCAGUUAAAUACAAACUUCCCUGUUUUUCCUGUUAAAGUCUCAUAGGAUGGCAUCUUGUGACAGUGGCCUUCUCCCUAGGCCACAUGAUAGUGACUAGCUCAGGGAACUUGUAUGGCCAGACACACAUUGACUCCCAAAGCCUCUCCCUCAAGAGACUAGGAACUCCUAGUCCUCUAGGAGGACUUUAUUCCUGCUCCAGCUUUUAGCUUGGCUUUCCACUUCUAAUAAGGAGAAGAAGGGUAAGGGUGGGGCAUAAAAAAGAUUCUGCCACAGUCUCCUCGAGGCUUUUGGAGUUCAGAAUGCAUCAGGAUUGCAGGAAGAUUCUUGAGAAUCUCUACCUGUAUAUAGUGUACCCUCCUCUGAGUACCUGGCUGGGAAGCCUGUGUAAGCCUGAGGAGGUUUUGUUCUAGCCUAAAGUUUUGCCCUUUGGAAGCCAAGCUGCUAGUUGUGGUCUAAAAGGCCUACCUUCCUUCCUACUUUGCUGGCUCUUUUUACUUGGAUGUCAGUCUCUGUUCUUUUGUCGAGGGUGCAUUUGGUUAAUACUUCUAGAAUGCUGUUGUGUAUGCCUGGAAACAAGUGCUGGUAUGUUGGGUCUACCUCAGAGGCAGCAUGCUGACUCCAGGCUUAGGGUACAGCCAAUUAGGCUGAGCUUAGUACACAUGGAAUGACUUAUUCCUAUGGCCCAACUCUUCUUUCAUCCAAUGUUGUGAGAUAGCAUAAUUGUGCCCCAGACUACAGGCUCAGCCUUAGUUUGCCAACUUAGCAGAAGACUUUUGGGGUUUCGUAGGUGUCCCCCCCCCUUGGGAAUUUAUACAGCAAUAGAAAAUGUACUUAAUAGUUGCUGGUCUGGCUGGCCCCAGUCUUCUUUUAUUAGUGACUAAGUUCUAAUUGUGUUUAUUUGACUCUAUAACUUUUUUGUUGGGGGAGGGAUAAGGGACUGCAUAAGAUAUUGUAGAGGUAGGCAAAACUUAGGUACUGUAGCUAAGGGUCUGGGGCUAGUUUCUGUCUAUAGUGUGUGUACCUGACUUUUAGUUAUCAUAUAAGCAAACUAGAAUAUAGUCUAAAGACUGAUCUUUUUUAUUGAACCCAGGAUUUAACAUGUGCUGUGCAAGCACUACACCAAGCUGCAUUCCCAACCUGUGAGAGGCUAGGUCUUGGUAGCAUUCGUAUUUCCAAAGUCACAAGAACUAUGAUUGCUUCAUUAAGAUUGUAAGGCUAACCAUGGCUUUAAAAUAAAUGUUUUUAGUGAACUAUUAGGCAUUUUCCAUAUUAUUGUUAUGUCAAGGGUUUAUUUUGACUUUAGAGAGACUAAGAUGCAAGUAAAGAGCUCUGCCAGCCAGCACCUUCAAUAAGGCAGGAAAGGGGGGCAGCCAGAGUGAACCUCUUGAUUGGGGAUAUGGUAGAUGAGUGUGUGACUGGCUGGCUUCCUGAGUUUGUCCCCUGUUGCUAGAGGGGACAGGCCUCUGCAGUAAGAGUAUUGGUAUUGCAUGCUAUUAGUCUAGGUUUAUAGAAUGCAAAGGAUAGGAACUUACAGGUCUGACAAAUUUGACUAGAAGUUGGAAGUACCCACUUCUUGGAAAAGCUUAUCCCAGCCACUCUCAUCUGGGAGAACAGGAAUGGGAGGCACUAGUUUUGUCAAGUAGGAAGAGUAGAAAGGAUGCUGGUGUGUGAAACAGACCCUGAGUGACCUGUCCACCACAAUUGCCAUGAGACUCGUUGCCCCCUAGGAUGGCUCAGUGCAGUGGAUGUGAGCGCCUCCGAAGUCCAUUCUGCUACCUGCAGGAUGUCACCAGACUUAGACAUCUUCUCGACUUCACAAUCUGGAAGGAGGUGGGACUCUUUUUCCUAUGUUUAGUCUCCCACAGGAAGCUGCUGGUGGUGAUGGGAACAGAGAAGGAAUCUGCCCAGGCAAACAUUAGACUGCAUGCCACCCUGCCGUCAUCAUCCAACACACUGCAGGACCCCAGAAAUUUCCAUUUCCUGGGAGUUGGGACGAGAACAUAAGACACACUGCUCUCUUCAAGAUGUCAAGCUUAGGAGCCACACUUCUCCUGUUCUUGGGGAACAGGAGGAAAUUGAAAGGACCAAAGGACAGAUAUGCUUUUUUUUUUAAUGUAAAAACCUUCCUACAUUUUUGUUGCUAAAAGUAUAAUUUAAAUGGAAGAUUUGAUGAGUUUUCCUCCCAAAUUUACCUUAUACCUUUUCUUUAAAAUGAAUAAACAAUAAAAAUUCUAGGUUACUUAA